ACGUCACGCGGACGUACGUCGUCGGGCUGCUGGAGAACUCGCGGCGAUGGCGACGACGGGGAUGCGGUGAAAAAACAAGGCUGGCCUCGGCUCGGACAUGACCGAUGUCUAUUUUAUCCAGAUUGUUCUGCUGCUUGUUCAUUGCAUGGGCUUCGGGUGACUCUUUGGGCCGCCUGGCUUCUCGACGGUCCGCUUCCCUGAUUUCCAUGUCUUACUUGUGAGAGUUUGCAAACAGGAUCACCGGGACUACCAAUUGUCUGUUCGUGAUUAUCUGAGACUGAUCCAGGCCGGAGUUCUUUGUUGGGUCACCCACACUCCUUCACCGGGGCCAUGGUCUUCUCUCUGCAGGAGGAGGAGGGGCAGCACAGCCUAGAGUGUAUCCAGGCCAAUCAGAUCUUCCCCAAGAAGUCUCCUGUCCUGGAAGAGGAAAACAUGCAGGUGCCCUUUCCAGAGCUGCAUGGGGAGUUCACGGAGUAUGUGGGGCGAGCAGAGGAUGCAAUCAUCGCAAUGUCCAGCUAUCGCCUGCAUAUAAAGUUCAAAGAGUCUGUCGUCAACAGUUGUUGUUGUGAGGUGUCAGUCCCUCUUCAGUUGAUUGAGACUGUGGAGUGUCGGGAUAUGUUCCAGCUUCAUGUCACCUGUAAGGACUGCAAAGUUGUCAGAUGCCAGUUCUCCACCUUUGAGCAGUGUCAGGAAUGGCUCAAACGCCUGAACGCAGUAGUGCGUCCUCCCUCUCGCUUGGAGGACCUCUUCUCCUUCGCCUUCCACGCCUGGUGCAUGGAGGUUUACGCUGGUGAGAAGGAGCAGCACGGCGAGCUGUGCAGACCAGGUGAACACGUGACCUCGUGGUUCAAGAACGAGGUGGAAAGGAUGGGCUUUGACACUCAAAAUGCUUGGAGGAUAUCUGACAUCAACAGCAAGUUCAGGCUCUGCCCCAGCUAUCCUCAGCAGCUCCUGGUGCCAGCCUGGAUCACUGACAAGGAGCUGGAAAAUGUGUCCGCCUUCCGCUCUUGGAAGAGGUUUCCUGCUGUGGUUUAUAGGCAUCUGAGCACAGGAGCAGUGAUCGCCCGCUGUGGCCAGCCAGAGGUCAGCUGGUGGGGCUGGAGGAACGCUGAUGAUGAGCAUCUGGUUCAGUCCAUUGCCAAGGCGUGCGCCGUGGACGGCAGCUUCCACAAACACCUGUCCAACGGCAGCUACACCAACGGCUCGGACCUGCCCGACACAGAUUUUGAAUCAUCCAUGACCAACAGCUCAGAGGUGGAAACACUUGCCAUUCAGCCCCACAAGUUGCUGAUCCUGGAUGCUCGGUCGUACGCCGCAGCCGUAGCUAACAGGGCCAAGGGAGGAGGCUGUGAAUGCCCAGAGUACUAUCCCAAUUGUGAGGUGGUGUUCAUGGGAAUGGCCAACAUCCACUCCAUUCGCAAGAGUUUCCAGGCUCUGCGUUUUCUCUGCACUCAGAUGCCUGAUCCAGCUAACUGGCUCUCUGCUCUGGAGAGCACCAAGUGGCUGCAGCACCUGUCUCUGCUGCUCAAGGCCGCCCUUCUGGUGGUGAAUGCGGUGGACCGAGACCACAGGCCUGUCUUGGUCCACUGCUCCGACGGCUGGGAUCGCACGCCUCAGAUUGUUGCUCUGUCCAAACUGCUUUUGGACCCAUACUACCGCACCAUUGAGGGCUUUCAGGUUUUGGUGGAGACGGAAUGGCUUGACUUUGGCCAUAAGUUUGCUGACCGCUGUGGCCACGGAGAAAAUUCAGAGGACCUGAAUGAGCGCUGCCCUGUCUUCCUGCAAUGGCUGGACUGUGUUCAUCAGCUCCAGAGGCAAUUCCCAUGCUCCUUUGAGUUUAACGAGGCCUUCCUGGUGAAGCUGGUGCAGCAUACAUACUCCUGUUUGUUUGGCACCUUCCUGUGUAACAGCGGGAAGGAGAGGGAGGACCGUCACGUGCAGGAGCGAACAUGCUCCGUGUGGUCACUGCUCAGACCAGCCAACCGCACGCUGAGGAACAUGCUGUACUCCUCCCACUCCGAGACCGUUCUCCACCCAGUGUGUCAUGUGCGGAACCUGAUGCUGUGGACGGCGGUUUAUUUGCCCAGCUCCUCCCCCACCACGCCCUCCGAUGACUCCUGCGCCCCCUACCCUGUCCCCGGUGCCAACUCGGAGGACGCGCCCCUGGGCAGGCGCACUAAAACCCGCUCUUUCGACAACUUGCCGAGUGCUUGUGAGCUGGGCAGCUCGUUGGCUCCCAAUCGUCGCUCCAGUGACCCGAGCCUCAACGAGAAGUGGCAGGACCACCGGCGUUCUCUGGAGCUCAACAUGGCGGUGGGGCCGGAGGGAGGGGGGAACCAGGACCCGGAGGUGCGUCCUAACGGAGUGGGGCCUUAUCCAGACGGACUGGACUCUAAGCUGGAGGACAGCCCGCAGUCCCAGGACUCGCAGGCUGAGUCUGUGAACGCAGCAGCAGCAGAGGAAGCAGAGGAGGCAGAACUCUCCGUGGCAGUGGGGGUGGCGGAGGGCCAAAUGGAGAAUAUUCUUCAGGAAGCCACAAAGGAGGAAGCAGGAGCUGAUGUGCAGAGAGAGGGCAAUGCCACUUUACAUAAUGUCUUAGCUGCUGUUGAUACAGAAAUGAAGGGGGAAGAAACAGUCGAGGAGGAGGAGCAUCAGAUCGCCAACGGGACUGAGAUUCAGAGAGAAGUAUUUAAUGGUCACCAUGCAGAAAAUGGCAGGACUGAAGCUGAAGAGGAAGGUGACAUUGCCUGUCAGAUUGCACAGAAAGAAGAGGUGCUGGAUCAUCAGGAAGUGGGUCAGACCCCUGAGGGCCUGGUGAAGAAUGUAGAGAACUCUUUGGUUGAAGAAGAGCUCGUGCAGGGACCCGUUGACCCCUGCUCAGAUGAGCCGGAGCAACCCGCGACCCACAGAACUAUAGCUAACGGCUUUGUGGACAGGUCACCCGAGGAGGAGCCAAGCGCAGACGAGAGUUGUCCUGACACUGAAUCUGACCACGGCGUUUCUGAGCAGAUGGACAAGAGGGCUUCCCUAAUGGAAAGCUCCACAGAGACUUUAACUGAAGAGGCCUGCAGCAGGUUGGAGCUUCCAGUACAACAUCCUGUUUGUAAAUACUAUCAGCCCUGCAGCGAUACCAGGAGCCAACUCCCCUGCUCCAGAAAAGAGAGAGGGUUGGAAACAGGUGAGCACGGCUUUAACAGAACUUUAAACGGGGGCAGCAAGCAGCCCUCUGUUAGUGCCUUUCAGUCAGCGAGUACAGACGUGAGCAGAGACGGGCUAUGUAACGGGGACAGCUCUGACGGAGAUCCCUGCGGGGGACCGCACUGGGCCAAAGGAAAUGGAGAGCGGGCACCUCUGAGUCGACAGGUGUCCCUAGCAAGCUGCAACUCCCUGAUCCUGCACUCGCGGGGCAGCUGCUCUCAGCACCGCUGGUGCCACGCCGUAUUGAGCCGCGCCACCGUCAGCCCGGAGCAGCCGUCCCGCAGCCACCUGGACGACGACGGGCUGACCCUGCACACCGACGCCAUCCAGCAACGGCUGAGGCAGAUCGAGGCAGGACAUCAGAUGGAAGUGGAGACCCUGAAGAAACAAGUGCAGGAGCUUUGGAGUCGACUGGAGAAUCAGCAGCGCACCGGCUCCCACAGGAUCAACGGAGAAAUGGGAGAUGAAGUGCAGACCUCAAUGACGGACUCGGAGUGCAACCUUGACCCCAACUGCUUGUCACGCUGCAGCACGGAGCUCUUCUCAGAGGCCAGCUGGGAACAGGUGGACAAGCAGGACACUGAGGUCACUCGCUGGUACCCCGAUCAUCUGGCCGCCCAAUGUUACGGCUGUGAGAGCAGGUUUUGGCUUGCCACAAGAAAGCACCACUGCAGUGGCAGGGAGCCUGUCCAGGAGGUCUGGAACUGCGGUAACGUGUUCUGCGCCAACUGUUGUGACCAGAAGAUCCCAGUGCCAAGCCAGCAGCUGUUCCAGCCCACCCGUGUCUGCAAGACCUGCUACGGCAGCCUGCACCUGGGCCUGGCUCCCCUGGACCUGGAGCUGGAGAAGCCCAUCGCUGCCAGCUCCAACUGAGGACCACCGGACCGGACGCGCUGCCCAGGAGCCCAGGAGCCACCCCAGAAUGUCUCAUGUACUUGUGCUUGUUGCAUACGUGGAGUUUAAUGUGUAUAUACAGAAAAUGAUGUGCUGGAGAAUCUGAGUGGUGGCCGUGCACAAGAGUGUGUGUGUGUGAAAGGAUUUCUCACUCGCAGGGUUUGUGGUGGCAGUGAGAGGUGAAAGUUGACAUCCUGGCUUCUUGGACCAGGCAGGAAGAGCAGGUCGUCUCACGGCGUUUGCUGAAGUCUUCUGAAGGACUUGGACUUGCGCCCCCCUCCCCCCCCAGCAAGGUUUCUGCUCAGACCUUCAUGUCUGAGCUCAAAGUGACGACUCUCCUCUGGAGGGUAAAGAGUGAAGGAAGUUAUCCUGGCAGAGCAGGGACGGUCUGUCUGACCUGCAGCUGUCGUCACUGACGGCAGGAAGGAAGGAAGGAAGGAAGUCUUGAAGGGUCAGUUCACUCAAAUGAGAGCACUUAUUCUCACUCUUCUGGUUCCAAACCAUGAAGAUCUGGUGUGAAGACUUUAAUCUGGAAGUGAUGCUAUUGACCAGCUUUGUUUGUCUUAGUGUGAGAUAUUUCAGAAAUUCUGAUUAGUGGUGAAGGUAAUCUCUGCUCAGUUGAAUAACUCGAGAAAAAAAAAUGAAGCUUUAAACUUUAACUUCCAAGAGUGAAAUUGUACUUUUUUAUUUUUUGUGAUAGCACCUUUUCCUUUCUAGUGCAGUUUAGCUUUUAAAGAACACUCGAUCCUAUGAUUUCCAGGGUUAUUGUAACAAAACCUCUUUUACCUGACUUCCCACAUGUCUAAAGCUGGGCGUUCCAGGUCGUGGGUGAGACUGGAUAAGCAACAGUUUAGUGUAUUUGUUUAGUGUAUCGGGUGAACUGAUCCCUCGACACGCCUUUGGCUGAAUCUCAGCUGGAUGAGUUUUACUGCUUCUGCUCGAGUGGAGGUUAAACUCAGCUUUCCACACAUGGUACAGCACUAUCAGUGUGUGUUUGGAGGUAAAACUUAAAGACACAAUGAGUUCAGUUGAGUAUCAGUGCAGACAGGAGAGUUUUCUGUUACGAUCCUUCAGAAUAUUGUCUUGCAGCGGCGAGCUUUUGCUGUUGAAACUCCUGCAGGUCUCGCUGGGUUUUUAUCAAGUCUUUAAAUCCUCCUGAAGUCGGUCAGCAACGCUUCCCUGAGACGCCCACUCUUUAGCACAACCGUUCAGUCACUGACCUCUGCACACGCCGACACACACUUUUUUUGUAAAAUAAAUGAAUAAAAUAAUAUAUUCAGAUACCUAUAUAGCAUUUAAGAAAGUGUAUAGAAUCCUUAAAUAGUGGCUCACUUAAUCGGUCACUAUUUUUUUUUAUUGCUUUGUCUUUUGUUGAUAAUUGCAGAAAAUACCUAUAUUUUGCAAGCUGUUGGAAAUGUUUUUUUUUUCUUUUUAUAGAGAAGCAGGUUGUCCUGUUUUGAUGCUGCAGUGGUUUUCCCUUUUCAAAUGCGAUCAUUAUUUGGACUUUAUUUAUUGAGGUUUCGUUGUUGAAUUGCUGUUAAAAAUCCGUAUAACUCAGUUGCCACAGGAUAAUCAGUGUUUGAGAGGAACAAGAGACUGUGGCUGCGGCGACCGUCCUCCAGGACGCCUGCGAGAGACGCCUGCGUCCUCCAGGACGCCCUGCGUCCUCCAGGCCAGGCGGGGUGGGUGGAUGGAUGGACGGAUCCCCAGUUACGAGGAGGAGGGCGUAGGUGCCGCCUCUCAUCAGCUUGAGGGAAACGGUGGUCCAACACUAGCAGCCUCAACACCCCCCCCAGAAUCGCACACAAACAUUACUCCAUUCAAACCAUGUACAAACACUACCUCUACUUCACAUGUUCAUGCACACGCACACACCCCCACACACGCUGAGCUUGUAGUUGCUGAGUGACUAGUUUUUUUUCAGAUUCCUCACAAGGCCUUUUGUUUUUGUGCAGAUUUCUGUUGAUUUUAAAAGUACAGCACUUAAGCAUAGAUUAGGAUCGUAAAGAUGAUUAUUUUGGUGAGAUUGCUGAUCAGUUUAGUUUAUUUUAUGACUCCCCCCCCCCACCCAUCAGCGCACCACGUGACAAGGUCCUGACCAUCAGAUGAAAGUUAACAGGAUUUAAUCACUGAUUGAUUUAAAAGACUGAGUCCUGCGUGAAGCCGACGCCCAUCUGAACCUCCCUCGGGAUUAAUAAAGUAUCUAUCUAUCCGAGACGCGCUCCUCUUAUCCAACAAUCCACUAAUGUGAAUUAUUCAAACUGCAAAAAAAUGAUUUUUUUUUAUUUUUAAUUUUUUUUUGGCACUUGACAUUCAGUAGACGGCCAGAGAGCUGGCCGUGCGUGAGAGGGUCCAGUGACGUGCCUGUCAGCCGACACGCAUGUUGCUGUAUGUUGUUUUUUUUUUUAAUUCUCCCUUUUCUUUAAUUAGUUCUGUUCAUCUGCAGAUGUUGUAUUUCCCUCCGCUCACGCUGACACUAUCGGAAGCUUCACUGCAUCGGCCCAGUAAUCACUGUGUGUGUGUUUGUGUGCGUGUAUCGAGCAAGUGUGCGUGUGCGCAUGUCUCUCUGGUCGGAGACUGGUGCCAAGCAGUUUUAUUAAGGGUCUCACGCAAAGGGAUCAGUCGUGUUUCCGUUUGACUUUCCUCCUCUUUUUUUUUUUCUUCCUUUCUUUCCUCUUUUUGAUAAAGCACUUUGAACCUUCUCCUGUCUGUCAGAGGAGUGUGUAGCUGUACAUAGCCGUUUCCUGUAACAAGUGCCCCUUGUUCAGUCUGAAUAUUUUGUUUUGUUGGAUUUACUUUACAGAGCAUUACCUUUUGUUGUAGAAUUAAAGGAGAAUAAACUAGGAAA